CAACAGGGGGUGGUGGGGGUGGGGUUGGGGGGUGUCCAGGGGGGUGUCGAGGAGAUGCCCGGCUACGCCGAGAUGCUGGCCAAGAGCUUGGGCUCGCUGACCGCGGCGUGCGUGGAGUGCCGGGGCUGCGGCUUCGACCUGACCCGCCGGACCUUCGUCCAGCACUGCUGCCUGUCCGCCACCGACGCCCUCCUCUUCGUGCUCUGCGCCGUGACUUGGACUUUACUCCGCAAAGCCACCACCAGCUGCUUCUUCCAGCCACUGGGCCGGUGGUGUCGCCUCCAUCCCAGAGAUGCAGCUAAGAUGCCAGAGAGCGCCUGGAAGCUGUUGUUCUACACCGGGUCCUGGUCCUACAGCACCUAUCUCCUCUUCUGCACCCACUAUCCUUUCUUCCACCACCCGCCCUCCGUCUUUCAUGAUUGGAAGUCGGGGAUGGAAGUUCCGAGAGAUAUCGCCAUCGCGUAUCUCAUCCAGGCCAGCUUCUACGGUCACGCUAUCUAUGCCGCCUUCUACAUGGACACCUGGAGGAAAGACUCUAUCGUGAUGUUAGUCCAUCACAUUAUAACUCUGGUCCUCAUCUCCUUCUCCUACGCCUUCAGGUAUCACAACAUUGGAAUCCUGGUGCUUUUCUUGCACGACAUCAACGAUAUUCAGCUGGAAUUCACCAAACUCAACGUUUACUUCAAAAACCGAGGUGGUGUGUACCACAGACUGAAUGACGUGGUAUCCAACAUUGGCUGUGGCUCCUUUGCCGUGAGCUGGUUCUGGUUCCGACUUUAUUGGUUUCCCCUCAAGGUGUUGUACGCGUCCUGUCACUCCAGUCUGCAGUCUGUUCCCAAUAUUCCUUUCUACUUUUUCUUCAACAUUCUCCUGCUUACCCUGACUCUGAUGAAUAUCUAUUGGUUUCUGUACAUUGUCCUCCUAGCGCUGAAAGUGCUGACUGGUCAAAUGAACGAGGUAAACGACGUCCGAGAAUACGACAUCGAUGAGAGUCAGCCCGAGGAUGAGGGUCAGCCUGUGGUCCCAGACAAGAAAAGCCCCGACCUUCACUCCAAGAACUGUUACAAAGAAGGGAAACACCUAAGGAACGGGAUUGUCAAGAGCAAGAGGCUAUAACGCAGAGCCACCUUUCCAAGGACCUCGCUGCCAUCUGGCUUUGGUGGUGAAUCAAGCGGCUCAGUCUGAUUCCAACUUCCCUUCAUUCAUUUCGGAUUGAAACUCUGAAACAUCGACCGAAGGCUGAUGCUGCAACGUCCAACUUCCUUAGGAAUCCUGGAGCUCCUGCUUUUCCAGUUCAUUUCCCAUCUUCCUUCUCUAACGCAAUUUUUAGUUUGCUGCUUUCUACCGUAGGAUUACAGAGUGGCCACAUUCCCUGCUUGUCGAGACCAUUAUUGUUUCCGUUGCUUUGCCCGUUUUCCCUUGAAAUCUGAGCGUGUCCCGGUUUUAGGGGGAAAUACUUCUUUUCAGUUACCCUCCAGGAGCUGAGAACAAUCCUCAUCUCAAAUCACUGCAAUCAAAUCCCCCCACUCUCUCUCCCCACCCUCUCUUCCCCCUCCUCCCACUCUAGCAUGUUGCGAACUGCAUCUUUCUGCGCCUUUUCACUUAACUAAACAUUCCUCACUUCUGUACCCAGAACCCAGCAACCUGCGUUACAUUCAGACACUGAGAGUAAACAAAGGAGAACAGGAAUAUGAGAGGCCAAUUGAACCUGUUCUGAAAGAUUAUUAGUUCAUAGCAGAUUUUUUAAUUCCACUUAAUCCUCCUCUUAAGAAUCUAUCUUGCCUUUUAAAUUGAUUCUGCUUCUACUGGGGAAGUGUGUUGCUCUGUAGGCUACUUAUUCAUAAAAUAGAAUAUAAAUUAAUGAGUGAAGCUAAAGAGAUGGGGCUAGAGAAGGAUCUUAAAUGAAUGUGCAACAGAAGAGGUAUGUGCUGGACAUACAGAGGAUCACAGCAUAUGGAGAAGGCAGCGGAUUACAGCCUUAUCUCUCCCCCCACUCCCGACCCUGUCACCUUGAGGAUAGACAGGGAAUCAGCAGCCUCGCACUUCUUGAAAUCCAUCUGCUUGGGAGUUUAGGGUUUGACUCAUCUGAAACGCACUGGCUAAAAGGGAGGGGGAAGCAGAUUCGAUAGUAACUUUCAAAA